GCCCCGGCGGUUGCCCUGGCGACCGCGACAAACAGCGGCGCCAGGCGGAGCGCGCGGCGGUCGCUGCCAGGGCCCGCGGGCGGGGAGCGGGCCCGGCGCUCGGCAUGGCGGCCCGGCAGCCAGUUUCUUACUUCUGUUCAUAUUCAAGUGACAGGAUCCGAGAACUAGCAAGGCCAAAGAAGCCUAAAGCAGCUUGGGAGAACUAUAGUAGUAGGUUAGAAUGGGGAAAUCAGGAGACAAUUUGGCCGCUCUCCCUGAGUGCUUUGACGGCUCGGCCAACACCAAGAAUUAUGUUUCUGGCCAAACCCAAGAAAAUUUUCAAUGGUGACCUUCAGCGCAGGUGCCUCUUCUUGUACAGCUGUGGCCGGAUGUCAGAGAUCUGGCAGCGCCCACCAUUGAUGGAUUUAGCUUUACCAUCUCCUCGAAUACUGAAGUUGGCAGAACCUAAAAAAUACCAAACAGCGUACUUAAAACAAAGGCCUCGUAGUUCUCCAGAGUGGCCUGUGCCAACAGCUGCACUCACCUGUGAGGCUUCCCAGCGGGUUCUAGAACUUGCACGUCCCAAAUCAGUGCAUCCAGGCUUCCUGCUAGACAGAAAGGUUGAAACACAAAUUACAGACACUGCGAAGAUGACUCUCACCCCUCCAAGAACACAGCGUCUUGCCCAGCCGAAGAUUCAGAAGAAUACUUUGUGCUACGACCGGGGAAGUCCCGAGUCCAUGAUCUGUCCAGUAUCUAGGUCUGCCCAGCAAGCAGUAGCAAGUGUUCGGACACUAGAGUUGGCUAAAGCAAAAGUGGUGUCACCUGAGUAUCUGCCUGCCUGUGAUACUGAACGGCCAGUGACAAAGGCAGCAAAGCAUGCAGUGACUACGCCUAGGAUUGAGGAACUGGCCCAGCCGUGCAAAAGGCUCACUGCGAACCUUGCUCAGUUUGAUCCAGAUGCCUUUUUAGUAAAGGAGUCUGCUAAGAAGGCAGUUUGCUCCAGCAGGCUUAAAAAACUAGCAUGCCCUAUUGAGCGCUGAACCUGUUGGCUCUUAAGUUCAUUAAAUCCUUAGAAAAUUCA